AUGGUGGCAGAAAUUAAAAGAAUGAUCAAGCUCGUCACAGAGCAGCGCAACAUAGACAAACCAGCGCUUCAAGAAGGGUUCCCAAUGAAAUCAUGGAACAUCGAAAUCUUUAUGUUAGAUGAAAAUGGAAACGAGAAGCCUGCGACCUGCUUCACAAAGGCAGUUUACAAUCUGCAUCCUACUUUUCCAAAUCCAACCCAAACUUUUACUGAGGCUCCCUUCCGCUGUGAGAAUGAGGGAUGGGGAGAAUUUGAUAUGACGAUCGAUUUAUUCACUACUCCAACGGGAGGCAAGCAUAGCAUUGCACACGAUCUCAACUUUGCCAAGAGCCGCUAUGAAGCUAAACAUCCGAUUACAUUCAAGAACCCAAGUCGAGAGUUGAUUAAUUCAUUGAGAGAGACCGGACCAGUCCCAGGAGAUGAAAAUGGAGCCAUUAGAAAGAAGGAUGCCGAUGGAAAGAAGAGGAAGAGGACUGGCCAGGUAGAUAUGGAGAAGUUGGCAGAAGGAUUAGUCAAAUUGCAGGAGGAUGACCUCUUGCAUGUGGUGCAAAUGAUUCAUGAUAAUAAGAGCGAGGAAACAUAUACGAAGAAUGAUGUUGACUUGGGAGAGUUCCAUGUCGAUUUGUAUACAUUACCAGACUCGUUAGUCAAGAUGCUUUGGGAUUUCGUCCAGAACACGCAAGGAAAAGGUUACUAG